GUCCGACAGGUGGCGGUAAUGCGUCCAUCUGCAGGCUGGGUGUCAACAAGAAGAGAACGAAGGAAAAGGGAUCAAUUAAAAAAGCAGCAACAGCCGCAGGGAGAGGGGUUAGCAUCCGAGCUAAGUGAGAAGCUAACCCCAGGACAUAAGAAGGAACCGGUUCCCCUUUAGAGAAAAGGAUAAAGAUGAGUUCACACCGACAACACUGAACGUUCAUUGGGAACUGGGUUGCGUUUUCUGUCACCAAAGAGUACAAGAUAACCGGGCUGUCGUCUUCAUCAUGUCGGCGUUUACCUGGGAGGUUGUUGAUGAUCACUUUCUCAUUAACAAGGAAGGGAACUUCAACCCUGACAAGACGAAACCAAACGACCCAGAACAAGAACGACCAGAACCAAAGCUGCUGACGGAGAUAAAAGAGGAAGAAGACCAACAGGUAGAACUGUUUGAUGGUGCAGAGCAGGUUGUUGUGAAGCAGGAGACUGACUCGUUCACGGCGAAUCCUCCUCCGGAGAACACCGAACCAGAUUCACAGACAACUGAGGAACAUCAACCAGUCAAGGAAGAACAGGUUGAACUGAGCAUCUGCAACAAAGUGGUGAAGCAGGAGGCAGAAACCUUUACGGUUCCGCCUAGUGAGGUUCUCCUCCACAGAGAACCAGAACUUCAGAUGAUCCAGGCGAAGGAGGAACUGGAAUCUGAAGAGGUUAAAGAGGAACAGGAGGAUCUUUCCAGUAGUCCUGAUGAAGACCAGAACCAGAACCAGAACCAAAUCCUCUCUACAAACUCAACUGAAGCCGACAAUCAGCAAGAAAGCGACCACAGUGAGACGCUGCAUAUUUGCAAAGUGUGCAAGAAAACCUUUGAAAGUAGCAGUCAUUUGGCCGAACACACAAGAAGUCACUCUGGUGAAAAACCCUUCCAGUGUCUAUCCUGUGGAAAAGCUUUCACCAAACAAAACAACUUGGCCGUCCACAUUAGAACCCACACAGGCGAGAAGCCAUUCUCGUGCCCCACUUGUGGAAAAGGUUUUACCCAGAAAGGUAACUUGAGCAUUCACAUGGCAACGCACACGGGCGAGAAACCGUUCUCCUGCCCGACUUGUGGAAAAGGUUUCACUCAGAAAAGUAACCUCCACAUUCACAUGAGAACCCACUCGGGCGAGAAGAUGUUCCCAUGCGAGCUGUGUAGCAAAUCCUUCAGCUUCGGUUGCCAGUUGGCUACUCAUAUGAGAACCCAUACAGGCGAGAAACCGUUCCUCUGUGUGGCGUGUGGAAAACGCUUCUCACAGCAAAACUACUUGACUGUCCACAUGAAAAUCCACACAGGUGAGAGGCCUUUCUCCUGUCCCACUUGUGGAAAGAGUUUUAUCAAGGAGUGGAACUUGUCCGUUCACAUACGAUGCCACACAGGUGAGAAGCCGUAUCCUUGUGAAGUUUGUGGUAAAUCCUUCAUCAAUAAAAGUCAUCUGACCAACCACAUGAGGACUCAUACAUGUGAGAAGCCUUUCUCCUGCCUGACUUGUGGAAAGAGUUUCACCAAACAGGGUAACCUGACCGACCACAUAAGAAGCCACACAGGCGAGAAGCCAUAUCCGUGCAAAGUGUGCGGCAAGUCGUUCGUCAACAAAAGCCAUUUGACCAACCACUUGAGGACUCACACCGGGGAGAAGCCAUACGACUGCAAGCUGUGCGGUAAAUCUUUCACAGACUGCAGCAGCAUAGCUCAGCACAUGAAAACACACACAGGGGAGAAGCCGUAUCCUUGUGAUGUUUGUGGUAAAUCCUUCCGGAACAGAAAUCACUUGGCUUGUCACAUAAGAACCCACACAGGGGAGAAACCUUUUUCCUGUCCGAUCUGCAGAAAAAGCUUUACCCAGAAAGGGAACUUGAGUAUUCAUGUGAAAACUCACACAGGCGAGAACACACAAGCGUGAGAAGGAGCAUUCUGCGAUUUACAUAGUAAAUCUUUUUAUUCAACAUGUUUAUAGUUCAACUUUUGUUAUCUUAGCCUUCUGAGAAAAAUAUUUAAAUCUAAAGCUGCUUUCAUACCUGAUGGUCCAGUAGACUCGGUUCUGUUCCAGUAGGGAUGUCUGGAAACGAAGUUGGCGUUUCUCAAGAGCCAUGAAAAUAAAUCUUCAUUCAACUUAUUAUUUUUAAAAUGUCACCAGCUCACUUCUCUGGAAUCAGACUUUCACUGAUUUAUUUAUUGUCAUGAGCUUAAUAAGCACUUAGAAAAACUGGUUACAUUUCAAAAUAAGAGCAUCAACAUAAAUCAUACUGUUUGAAUAACUAACAGUAGUGAAUUUUGAGAUGUUUCUAAAUAUUUCUAUCUCGCCAUUACA